UGAAAACUCGUGCCAUCUAGACCCGGAUUCAACGUGGACAGGGGUGAACUCCUACAGUUGAUCGACAAAUUAAUAUUCCAGACUUUCAGUGGUGUAAAAAAUAAUAAAUAAUAACAAUAGAGAAUUGCGUUAAAAAUACCGCAACGACCCAGUGAUAAGAGUAAUUAGAUUUAUAAAUAUACCACCCUCUCCACCCUUCACCAUUUUCUGGAGAAUUUUUAGUGAAUAAUUACAUCAAUUCAGGGGAUUUUUGGGAUAAUGAGGGUGCAGUGGUCAUGAGCGUUGGCCGGAUGUUGGCGGAAUGUACGAGUGGAGAGAAAAUUGAGAGGUACUUUGGGAAGUGUUUGGGGUUUAGGCUUGGAAAUUCGUCAGUCUCUUCAAGGGCUUCUUCCUGUACAAUCAGAUAUAACGGACAAUGGCCAACGAAAGUUCUCACAGGAUAUCGCUGCCAGUCCGUGGACAAUUUGAGCUGAAUGUGUUCACGACGCUGUCAUUGGGAACGGAACUCAGCAAGAUCACGAUGCCGGUGAAUUUUAAUGAACCCCUGUCCUUUCUCCAACGAGUUGCUGAGUACAUGGAGUAUGCUAAAUUGCUCAAGUUGGCAGCUGCUGAAUCCACCCCCGUUGGCAGACUCCAGUACGUGGCAGCCUUUGCUGUGAGUGCUCUGUCAUCAAACUGGGGGAGACUUGGAAAACCUUUCAAUCCAUUACUCGGUGAAACUUACGAACUGGAACGAGAGGACUUCCGGAUAGUCUGCGAACAAGUGUCUCACCACCCGCCAGUCUCAGCAUUUCACGCCGAGGGUCAGGAUUUCGUCUUCCACGGGAGCAUCCGCCCAAUACUCACAUUCUGCGGUAAAAAUAUUGAAAUCCGCCCCAAAGGAAUCGUGACAGUGGAAUUACUGAAGUGGAAAGAGGCGUACACAUGGGAGAAUGUCAACUGUAUUUUGCACAAUGUACUUGUGGGACAAUUGUGGAUGGAACAAGUGGGGGCAUUGGAGAUAAAACAGUGUGGGGGUGACAAUCUCAAGGCAACUUUGUCGUUCAAAAGUGCUGGCUGGAACGGUAAAAAUCUACAUCGAGUCGAGGGAUUCAUCACCAAUUCCGAGGAGAAACGUCUCGUUUUUCUUCAUGGGGAGUGGACGGAGCGUUUACGUUCUUACGAUGCAUCUCUACUUUACCCCGAGAUGAUGGAGAGAGGGAAACAUAAGAGUAAGAGCCCUCAGGGGAGUCCAGGGCACAAAAAGGUCCUCGCCAAAUUAAAUAGUCUGAAGAUCGGGGCUUUUAAACCCUCUCAUCAGGACGCGAUCGACGAGUCGAGUGCGGACAGUGAGGAUUGUCUUCCGGUUAACAAAGUCCCUGGUGCCCUGACCCUCUGGGAAGCGACUCCUAGACCGGCAAACAGUGCAGACUAUUUUUUUUUCACUCAAUUCGCGAUGUCUCUCAAUGAAAUCAAGGAAGGAAUGACUGACAACCUCUGCCCAACGGACUCACGUCUCAGGCCGGAUAUCAGGAAAUUGGAGAAUGGAGAUCGGGAUGGAGCUGCCUCUGAGAAAAUGCGACUCGAGGAAAAACAGCGGAUCUCACGAAAAACUAAGAAGCACAAAAAAGUGCCCGAUAAUUUCCCCAGAUGGUUUCAAUCAGCGAUAAAUCCUUACACUGGACUUGAGGACUGGUUGUACAAAGGUGAGUAUUGGGACCGCAAUUACCCCGACAUCGAUGAUAUUUUCUAAGGCCCAAAAUCACGACGUUCGAUAAAUGAAUUAUCAACAAGAAUUGUUGACUGGAGUCUGUGAAGUAAAAAUAUUAAGAUAGAAGGAAUUAUAAAUCUUCUUGCUGGAGAUUUUAGAGAAUCAUUCGGAAAGAGGUGAGGAAAGUGUGCAAACAGUCCUUGAAAUUAUUCAGAUGAAUAAAACAACUCUGCGUUCGCACCAGGAAAUCAUAAAAAAUCACUUCAACAGCGAAGUGAUAACAGAAGAUACUUUGAUUCAUUUCUUCCGUGAGUUUUUUGGCGAUUUCUCCGAAACCACGGGAGAUACGGAAAUUUCCGUAAUAAUCUUUUCUGUGGAUCGAAUUGAGACCUACAAAAAAGGUUAUUAUGAAAAUUUCUCUAAAUUCCUCGGUUUCGCAAAUUUUUCUGAAAAACACACUCCACUUUUACCACUUCGCUCCUGACUUGAAAUUAAAUGAAAACCGGAAGAGAAAAAUGAUAAAAAUAGUCAACGAAUCUCUAGGAUUCGUCCACAAAAAUAUUUUAGUUUCCUUCAACACAGGAGUAGAUCCCUCAGGAGAAUUGAUGUCUAUAUAAACCCGUUCCGAGGAAAAAAGAAGUAAUGAAAAAUCUGGAGAGUGUAAAAAAUGAUUAAAAUCACAA